CGGGGUCCAGGGAGACCAGAUAUAGUAAAUGCAGGGUCCAGGGAGAGCGGAUAUAGUGAAUGCGGGGACCAGGGAGAGCGGAUAUAGUGAAUGCGGGGUCCGUGGGAGAGCGGAUAUAGUGAAUGCAGGGUCCGGGGAGAGCGGAUAUAGUAAAUGCAGGGUUCUGGGAGAGCAGAUAUAGUGAAUGCAGGGUCCGGGGAGAGCAGAUAUAGUGAAUGCAGGGUCCAGGGAGAGCGGAUAUAGUGAAUGCAGGGUCUGGGGAGAACAGAUAUAGUGAAUGCGGGGUCCGGGG